AUGUGUUUUUAUUCUUCUGCAUUUAUAAAAAUAAAGUGAAAAUGUUUUGCCUGAAAGAAAAGUUAAAAUUACGUGUUUUUGUAAAUUAUAUUGGUUCUAAAAGAUAUGCAUCUUCUGUAUUAGGAAAUGCCUAUCAACCGAAAGCUGUUGAAAAGCAGGAAUUACCUUUGGAUGAGACUGCCAAUUAUCCUAAGAAAGGGGUUUUCAGUAUGAUUUUUCCUCCUCCAAAUGUAACUGGGAAUCUCCAUUUGGGUCAUGCACUCACUGCCACCAUCCAGGAUGUAAUUAUUCGCCGACAGAAGGAGAAAGAUUUGGAGGUAUUGUGGAUUCCGGGAAUGGAUCAUGCAGGGAUAGCCACUCAAGUGGUCGUUGAGAAGAAUCUCAUGAGGGAGCGUAGCAUGUCCAGGUAUGAUUUAGGUAGGCAAAAAUUUCAAGAGGAAAUUCUCAAGUGGAAGACAUUGCGGGAGAAAGACAUUAGGGCUAACUUGAAGUCCCUGGGUUUGUCAUUUGCCUGGGAAAGGGAGUACUACACAAUGAAUGAGGGACAAUGUAAAGCUGUUACGAAAGCCUUCGUUGAACUCUUUGAGAAAGGACUUAUUUAUCGAGAUACAGAUCUGAUAAAUUGGUCGUGUUCCUUGGAAUCUGCAAUCUCAGACAUUGAGAUUGAUAAUGUGGAAAUCAAUGGACCAACGCCAAUUCCUGUUCCUGGGUAUGAGAAAAAUAUUAUUUUUGGGGAAAUUACCAAUGUGGCUUAUAGAGUUGAGGGUGGAUCAGAAACUGAUGAAAUUAUUGUCUCUACAACACGUCCGGAAACUCUUUUGGGAGACGUAGCAGUGGCUGUUCAUCCCGAUGAUGACAGAUAUUCCCGGUACAGAGGGAGAGACACGAAACUCUGGCAUCCUUUCCGGGAAAUAUCCAUCCCAUUAAUUUUUGACGAAGGUGUAGAUCAGGCUUUUGGAACAGGAGCCGUUAAGAUUACUCCAAGUCACGAUAAAUGGGAUUUUUCGCUAGCAAAACGACACAAUCUUCCACAUGUGGAUGUUAUAGAUGAACGGGGGAGGAUUUUUCUGGGUUUUGGGUCAUUUUCUGACCUUCCACGUUUCACUGCGAGGGAAAGAAUUAAAGAUUCCCUGGCUCAAUUGGGAUUGUUACGAGGCACCAAAUCACAUUCCAUGAUCCUUCCACGAUGCUCUCGAUCGGGAGAUAUUGUGGAAUACCUCAAGAAGCCACAGUGGUAUUUGAAGUGUCAGGAAGCUGCACUGGAAGCUGUAGAAGCCGUCAGAGCUGGAAGGAUGAAGAUUGUUCCUGAAGAAUUUCAAUCAGAAUGGUUUCGAUGGCUGCAAAAUUGUCAUGAUUGGUGCAUUUCGAGGCAGAUCUGGUGGGGACAUCGGAUACCUGCUUUCGAAUGCUCUUCUGGAGAUUCCACAAAGUGGAUAGCUGCUGAAUCCGUAGCAGAAGCCCUGGAGAAGGCUGAGAAAAUCUUCCAAGGAAAAGUUGAUAAAAUCAAAAGAGAUACCGAUGUUCUUGAUACUUGGUUCUCUUCAGGAUUGCUUCCUCUCUCUGUUUUUGGAUGGCCAGAAAAAUCCAAAGAUCUCGAGAAAUACUUCCCUCUUGAUCUAAUGGAAACUGGCCAUGAUAUCCUCUUUUUCUGGGUGGCUCGAAUGACAAUGCUGAGUUUAAUGUUGACGGGGGAAAUUCCUUUCCGGAAAAUCCUGCUUCAUGGCAUUAUUUGUGACUCACAGGGAAGGAAAAUGUCCAAAAGUUUGGGCAAUGUGAUCCUCCCUGAACAAGUGAUAAAUGGGACAUCUAUUGAAGAAUUAAUCCAACAAUCUGAACACUUCCAUAGAUCAGGGAUAAUCAGUGAAGCUGAGAUGAAGAGAUCUAUUGACGAAGUGUCCAAAAAUCACCCAAAUGGCAUUCCGGAAUGUGGCAUUGAUGCCCUCAGAUUCACUCUCUGCAGCUACAACAUCAGCAAUCACUUUGUGAACUUUGAUACAGCUGAAUGCCAUGCCAAUAAACUCUUCUUCAACAAAAUCUGGCAAGCUUCGAGAUUCACAAUUAAAGCUUUCGAAAGUGUAAAUCCCAAGCCAGAAGAUUUAACCAAGGGCCUGGAAAAUUUCUCGGAGAUGGACAAAUGGAUCCUGGAGAAAUUAUUCUGCACCCAAAAAGUUGUUAAAGACUCCAUUGAUCGGUAUAGCUUUCACCUGGCAACGGCUGCCCUCAAGACAUUCUUCUACAGCAACUUCUGCAAUGUCUACCUGGAAACUACAAAGUCCAGCAUCAAUGCCAAGAACUCCAAGGCUACAGGACAUCUCUUAACUCUGAGAACAUGCCUGGUAGAGGGACUCAAACUAAUGGAAUACUUCACGCCAUUCCUCGUUAAUGAAUUAUUGAAGUUCCUCCCAAAUGCCCCAAGCCUCAGCAAUCUCGACAAAAUCCAUGCAGAAGUUCAUAUUGAACAGAUCAUUGAAAUUUGUGCCACAAUUCGAGGCAUCAAAAGUCAAAAUAACAUUGUGAAGAAAAACAACCCUCAACUAGUCAUUUGGGCAGAUAAUUCAUUUAUCCCAGAAGUAAGGAAACAUUCAGAAACCAUCAAAACCCUUGCUAUGAUUCCGGAUCUCAAAAUCAUAGACGAUCGAGGAGUUUUCAACGAAGAAAAAUGCUCUAUUAAAUCUGUGGCUAAACAUUUCUGCUGGUUUGGAAUUCAUGUGAAUAACAUCAAAGAGACCAAAGAAAAUAAUCCUGCAGAACAAAAAUUAGCUAAGUUACUCAGCAGUCUGCAUAAACUGGAAGAAAUUGUGAAGGAUGAGGGAUACCAGAGAUCAGCACCGGAAAGCAAAAAGGAAAAGCACAAAGAAAAGAUAAAGCGCCUCACAGCGGAGAUCAACGCAAUCAAGGAACUGCACCAACUUUGAAAUCCAAAGAAAAUCAAAGUUAAGGAAAAAUCUUGGCUCCUGGAAAAGAACAAUAAGUUAGGAGCACAUUAGGAUACCUCACUAGCAUACUUAGUAAAAACUUUUAUACUUUGAAAAACCGAAAACGUGAAAAAAAUCAGGAGUAGGACAAUGAGGACAAUUUGUUGGAAAUGUCCGAAAAUCGGCAUUGGAUAUUUCCGAACAACAAGACAAGCGAUUUAUAGGGUGGAAAAAUAUAAACACGCGAGAACUUGUUGAAAAAAUGGGAAAAGUGAAGAAAAAUAGUGAUAAAAUCAGCAAUGUUGAGACUAAAAAAGCAUCUGCAGUAGUUAAACAACCCGGUGUCUUGGGAAAAUCUGUGGGCAUUAAGAAAAAGUCCAAGAGAGAAAAGUUUUCGCAGAAGAGGAAGAAUUUGAGGUUAAAACUUGCUUCCAGUGAACGUGUCGGUGGAGGAGGCCAGAAAAACAAGAAACGCCGAAGAAAACCCAAGGCAAAAGCUUCAGUUGACAUCAAAUCCUUGAAGGAUGCUCUUCCUUCACUGGAAUCUCUGGUGAAGUUCCGCAGUGCACCUAUCAAGACGGGUGUUCCGGAGUAUGACAACAAGACUGAACCAUCAAAUAGGACAAAGCGUCUGUCCAAGAAGGUCCAGAAAAUCAAGAGGAUCACUAACAACAAUGAGCAACAUGUGGCCAGGUUGAAUAAACUUCAAUUCAUGAUGCAGGAUCGAAUGUUCAAGGAGAAUCCAAGGCAGAUAAUUGCUGAACACAUUAAAAACACAAGGAGAUUGGAAGAUGAAAUGGACGAUUAGCUUUAGA